UGCAGUGCCUUCCAAAUCACUGAUGGAUAUGCGAAGCCGUAUCUGCCCCGCAUGCAAACACCAGCCCUGCUGAACCACGCUCCGCUUUGCUUCCGGUGGAAAACGCUACUCUCGAAGCAUCUUUGCGUAAUAAUGUUUUAAACCUCUGAAUGACGCAAAUCAACACAUGUGCCUGGAAUUGUUUAGAAAUGCAUGCACUCCGUUGCACACUUCGUAGUGGCGGCUGUAGGUAACCAGGGAAGCUGAUCAUUUUCGUUCCAAAUGGACUGGGAAGGCGAUGGUGCUUCUCUACAACUGGGUUCAGCAGGUGAACUAUGCUGGUGCCAUCCCCCAUCUCCCGUGGUGCAUUCGAUCAGCUGGCACUCUUUGGAAGCCGUGUUCUGAACAGGUGUUUCAUGACCUCCGCACACCUCUGCAAGGGAACUAGGCAGAGACCACGUGCACUUGUUUCCGGGACUGGUGAAAAGUCUAAACUUAGACGAGAUUCUGUUCGUCAGCUGAUUAUCUCAACAAACCGGAAGAAGUGGGAGCAGUCUAAUGCUCUCCUGGCCUCAUUGCAGGGCAAACAUCCUUCAUCUAAAGUAUAUAUGGCAUCCAAAUAUGAGCCAGCAAAAUUAUCACUUGCGGAUGCAGUGAACUGCUUACGCGAUGCUGCGCAGCCAGAUAUGUUCGAUUGCAUGGAAAACCCUCUGCGUGCCAAGUUCACGCUAAAUAUGCGAACGAAGAAGAAGACAAAGUGUAUCCAGAGUUUCGAGGCUCAUGUUGUUUUUCCACACACCUUGGACUUCUUACCAAAGCGUAAAGUCAUUGCCAUUUGCAAGGAUGAUGAUGAAGCCAAGUUAGCUUUGGCUUCGGGUGCCAUUCAUGCCGGUAGUACUGAACUUAUUUCUCGUUUGCAACAUGGUGCGUUUCACUGGGAUGAAUACGAUGCAGUGGUUGCCCAUUCUGUCUGGACGGGUUCCCUGGGGAAACUGCGGACCGUUCUAAAAAGUAGAUUGCCAACUCCAAACAACGUUCGCAUCCAGGUAGGAGAACCGUUGUCACGACAUCAAAUCUCCACUAAAAGGGUUCCGUCGCUUUUACGCAGCGUCUCGGACUAUUCAGAUUGCCUCAUGCCGGGCCCUGAAUCUCAAGGCGGGAAGGGACGUCGGAGGCGGCCGAAGCGAUGCACACUGGCUAUCUAUCACACUGGCGCUGUGAUUCUGUUGUUCGGAAUUGUGAUAACCGUCAUUGGUGUCUCCACGUCAAAGCUAUUUCAUGUAUAUGUGUACGAUCAUCGGAAGCCUGCGCAGUUUCUUCACGUACACGUCCCUGUGGGACUGUUCUCUACUGUCGCAGAGGUAGUGUGGCUUUCACUUGAACAGGAUACCCUCUCAAACAGCCUAGUAUUGGACGAUUAUCGUUGGAUCGCAGCAAAAACCUUAGUAUUGACUGGUUUGCUGGUUGCCGUGGCCUCAUUCGUGUUGCACCUUGCGAUUAGUUGUUGUUGUCCUACACCCAAAUGGACAACGGUAGUGUUUGAAGUUAUCGGGUUACUAAUAGCUGUAAUUGCCAUAUUGAUUGGCCUUAGUUUGGCCGAAAGUGAAAUUGAACAUAUUCACGAUCAUGGGGACAAGAUGCUUGCAAACCUAUUGGCCACCAAUAAUCUACUUACACACCCCGCCUCGGAAGCACCUGAUUUCAUGCAAGAUCGAAAUGUAGUGUCACCACUACUGCAGGGCGCUUCCACCGAACACAAGGCUACUUUAGAUGCCGGAGAUUUCGCCCUGUUCCUCACUCCACCUCAGAUUAGUUUCGCUCUCCUUAUUGCCGCCGACUUCUUGCUACUUAUCGCGUUCCUCGCCGUAUUGAUUUAUUUUGUUCGCCUGUGCGAAAAAGCAGUGUUAUUGCGGAAACAAAUGCACACCGCUGCGAUUAUUGAUUCUUGA